CGUGAACCUCGGUGCGCCGCACAAAACGCUGGUCUUCGACGACCACGUCGCGCUCGUUUUUCUUUUUUUAAUUUUAUAUUUUCAUUUCCGCUUUAUUUUUAUAAUUAUUAUUUUUAAAUUUUUGCUUUAGCAAAUCGUCGCGAUUGGUUCUUAUUAUUGACUUAAUUUUCCAUAUACAUACAUAUACUUGAGUGUUCAGUUUUUGUUUUUGUUUUGGGACAAUUUUUUUUUUAAACGGAUACUCAGAAGGCUUGAAGGUGACGUUGUUUUGUGUGCCUCGACAAAAAAAGACUUCACAGAACGAAGGCCGUGAUGGGAUGAUCGGAUUGCAAGAGUGCGGACCAGCGCCGCCGAGGGCGCCCCUGCCGACCAAUAGAACCCGUGAAAGAACCGCUCAAGCUGUCGACUACUACAACACGCACGUGCACAGGGCUUGGGCCAACGCCGGACUUUCGACAUCGAGAUCAUCCUUCAACGAUCGGCAUCAUCAUCAGACUUCAAAAAGAUCGAACCAAUUGAUUUCUGAAGCGCUGUACAGAAGCAAUUCCAGCUUGGAGCUGUUGGAUCAGAACGGAAGACCGUUCAAAUCCAGCAGUCCUACGUUGAAGAGGGAGUACGGCAGUCACGGAUCUAUCGAUGUUAUUGACAGACCUGUCGGUGUUCAAGGCAAAAAUGAGUUUUUCGAAAUGCUCCAAGACUACAGACCGGCAGUGUUAGCCGAAACCGACCAAAGAAGCCCGGGACCGUCCGAAUACCUGCGAGGCAAACUAGACUCGGAAGACCAGCAAGACGGUAACGCUCAUGGGGGGAACUAUCCCCAAAGUCCGAAGCUGCGAAGCAAAUUGACCAAGUUUUGGGGCAAUAAUAAUGUUGCAAACGGUAACAACCACGUCAUGGUAAAAUCGCAACGUCAAACCAUGGAUGAUAGCGUGGUGAGUUCUUCUUCGACCAGUGUCCUUUACUCGCAAGAAGCUGAAGAAAUCGCUAGGAGAAGAGCCUUUGCCCAUUUUGAUUGUCAGUCUUUGACUACCAAUUUGAACUACUCCAUUAGACUACGCAGAAAUCAUUUGGCUAAAAGAAGAAAUACUACAACAGGAGCAUCUGCUGCUUCUAUGCUAAUAAGAUCCUCUACACCAGAUGGGGAUGGUGAGGAUGAUGCUGGUGAUGGACAAUCGAAUGAGUUAAUCGAAAGUUGUCCAUUUUUCCGCAACGAAAUCGGAGGCGAAGAAGAACGAAUCGUUAGCCUUUCGAGAUUGCAAAACGGCACCAAAAAUCAUAGAAAACCUUUGCACAGGCCUCAACUAGCUUAUGGCGUAGCCAUAUUGGAAUUUCCAACUGGCGAAACUCAUUGGAGACAUUCCACGUGUCCGUAUCAAAGAUUCCCCAGGCCAAUAGAAAAUGUGGACCAAGGAGCCCUGUAUUACAGAAAGUACUUUUCUGGACAAGAGCAUCAAAACUGGUUCGGAAUCGACGAACAGCUCGGACCCGUCGCGAUAUCGAUAAGGCGCGAAAAGGUCGUGCAUCCCGAGAACCAACUGACUACCACUCUGACCCAGUACCAGUAUAGAUUGGUUAUUCGUACAUCAGAGCUUCAAACUUUGAGAGGCGCAGUGCUGGAAGACGCGAUUCCCAACAUAAAGGCCUCCAAUAAUCCAAAAACUUUAAAUACCAAAGAAGUGCUUGAAUAUGUGACACCUGAAAUUCAACUCAACUCACUAAGAUUAGGCUUGCAAAAUCAAACAACAGUGGAACAAUUGCUGAAACUUGAUGAACAAGGAUUAACUAAUCAUUACAAAGUGGGUGUGAUGUAUUGUAAAGCAGGACAAUCAUCAGAAGAAGAAAUGUACAACAAUCAAGACGCUGGUCCAGCCUUUACGGAAUUUCUAGAAACAAUAGGCAAAAAAGUCAAAUUACAAGGCUUUGACAAAUACAAAGCAGGCCUGGACACCAAAGCAGACUCAACUGGAUUCUAUUCAGUCUAUGCCCAGUAUCAGGAAUGUGAAAUCAUGUUCCACGUCUCUACAAUGUUGCCCUUUACACCAAACAAUAGGCAGCAACUUUUGAGAAAACGGCACAUCGGAAACGAUAUUGUCACGAUAGUUUUCCAGGAACCUGGUGCCCUUCCAUUUACACCCAAAGGCAUACGGUCCCAGUUUCAGCACGUCUUUAUUGUGGUCAACGCAAUAAAUCCUUGCACAGAAAACACGCAUUAUAAAAUUGCAGUAUCCAGAUCCAAAGAUGUUGAGGUGUUUGGACCACCAAUCAAAGAAGGAGCUGUGUUUCCUAAAGGAAAAGCUUUUGCUGAAUUUUUACUUGCAAAGGUGGUUAAUGCUGAAAAUGCAGCUCACCGUUCUGAAAAAUUCGUCACAAUGGCCACAAGAACGCGCCAAGAGUACCUAAAAGACUUGGUAGCGCAUUAUUCCAGCAACGUACCAGUGGACACGGGCCAGAAAUUUUCCUUGUUUAGCAGCAAAAAGAAAGACAAACUCCGUCCGCGUUUCAUACCGGAUCUAUGCCAAAGAGGUGCCAUUUUAUGGCAAGUUUUACUAGACGACAGCGGCCAAGGACAACAAAUUGAAUGUUUUUUGGGUAUUUCUUCUGAUUCCUUCGUGCUAAUAGAAGAACAAACCCGUCAAAUAGUAUUUGUGACGCCUUGCAAGAGUAUUUUGGGAUGGUCUCCUCAAACUAACAGUUUGAGGAUUUACCAUCAUCAGGGUGAGUGCAUGACGAUCCACAUGCGAGACACUCACGGUGAUACUGAUGAACUCGUGGAGAUUAUGAGUAGAUUAGAAGCCGUCACGAACGGACUUAAAGCCAAAGAAUUCUCAAUUAGUCGUAAUAUAAUGGGUCAGUUGGGUUUCCACGUCCAACCAGACGGCAUCGUAACGCUAGUAGAAAACCAAGGUCAAGCCUGGCAAGCGGGCCUGCGACAAAACUCCCGCCUAGUAGAAAUCUGCAAAGUCGCCGUAGCCACCUUGACCUACGAUCAAAUGGUCGAUCUCUUGAAAACCUCCCUGACUGUAACUCUGACUGUGAUACCUCCCCUAGCCGACGGGUCUCCUAGGAAAGGCUGUACCUUACAAAAUUGUAAAUAUAACGAGGCCCAUUUCGAAGGCGACUACGACAGCGUAACGAACGACGAGAACAAGAGCCGACGUGCACCUCAGAUGCAACAAGCAGUUUCGGGGCACCACAGGCGCGUCUACGAAAGAAGUUUUUCGCCGCCGCGCAGCAGUAACAGUUCCGGUUACGGUACUGGCAGUAGCAGUAAAUCGUUUCAUGCCCAAGAGAAUCGAUAUCAUGCUAACGGAGUGGAAGCUAACGACGAUAAAUGGUACGAAAUUGUACAAGAUUUUGAGCCUCCCCCGAUACCAAGCAAAUCUAGCAGCUCGCGAACAAACAACACAUUCCCUUGUUCACCAAAACGCAAUAAUAAUCAUCACCAGCCAAUCCAGGUAGCUCCAUCAUCACACAACCACUACACAGUCCAGCACAAUAAAGUCCAAUUCAGCAACAGUUUACCACUUCAGCACUCGAACUAUCAGCAACCGCUUAGUGCUGCUUUGCACAGCAACACUAGCGAUGUACUUAUAACUGAGAAAAACAAUAUAUUGAAGCAGCAAAACGAAAGAUUAAGGCAGCAGGAAAACAACGAUUAUUUACAGAUUACUAGGCCUCCAAAAGUGGCCGACUAUCAAAUCCAUGGCGAUUUUACAAGGAUCAACAUCAACCAAAUGAACGACAACGUAUCCAACGACAGUUCUAUUAGCGAUAGAAUGAAUUUGAUUGGUAGUGAAGACGAAUUAUCCACAGGCAGCGGAAAUCAUUCUCCUCGUACAAGAGGUUCAUUAAAGCACUUAAAUUACCAUCAAAGAAACCAAAGUCCCAGGUCUUUAAACGGGGAAGCCAAGCUAAGACCGGGUGCCACUACCCGAACAUCAAACAGAAACAGCGCCAACUUGACUUCAAGCAACUUCCAAGAGGAGUUGUUAAGGCUCAUUAAUCCAGACACCAUCGAGUCUUCCACCAAUAAGGAAUCCAAUAGUGCUUUAUCUCAGCCGGAAGUGAUUCUCACCAUGGCCAGACCGGCCACGGUGAUAUCGAAUGCCAGUACCACUUCCAGUCCUUUGCCUGGCGAAUUUAGGGUGGCCAAAGAUGAAAAUUUACCUUCGCCAAGCAAGAAUAAGGUUGGUUUACCUUUCCCAGACAACUUUCCCUUGCCAGAAGACUCAGACUGGCCCAGUUUGGUGGACACAGCGACAAGAGUGAUGAUGCAAGCCGACGAAGAAAAAGAACGUCCCGCAAAACCCUGGGAAGAAGAUUUCAUCGGUAUCAACCAGCAAUUGUCCAGCUCAUAUUCAAGCAUUCCUGAUCAGACCAAACAUGUUGUAGAGCUGAAUCGGAAAAUCCAAACUCUGGAGCGUGAAAAUCGACGUUUGAGGGACGAAAAUAAGAAGGUGAAGGAGCAGGCGCAAGCAGCUGUGCAGCAAUUGAGGAAAUUCACCGAGUGGUUUUUCAAAAACGUAAAACGACAAUAGUAGAAGAAGACCAAAAUAUAAAAUGACUUGACAGAAUAGUUGUUAUUCGUAUUUAGUUAGCUUUAAAUUAAUUUUGGUAAUUAUUUACCUCAUAUUCACACAUAUUUAUAAAACAGUACAAAAUUCUCCUUAUUUUAAGGUACUUAUUUAUUUUAUUUUUUUCUGCAUAAGUAUUAUACAAUAUUUAUACAGUUACCAGAAAAUUAAUUGGUUAAAAAAGUAAUUAUCUCU